AACAUUUUUCUAUAACUAUAUGCCAUCACUUGGCACACUCAAAGAAGGCACACCCCUAGAUACACCAUGGGAUCUACUCGCAUCAUCUCAAGUUGCCUAGUUCAAGAAGCACCAAACCAAAAGGGUUACUGUUCUCAGAAAAUCCAUCUAACUCCAUGGGAUCUCACUUUCCUCACCGUUGAAUGCAUUCAAAAAGGCCUUCUCUACUUCCACAAUCACACCAACCAAGAAACCCAAUCACCAAUCCAAAUCAUCAAUCACCUCAAAUCCUCCUUCUCCACCACUCUCGCCUUCUUUCCACCUCUCACAGGCCGUUUCGUCAUAACCAACCAUAACCACCAAGACGAAUACAAAGCCGCCACGUGUCACAUCCUCUGUAACAACCAAGGAGCACUCUUCGUCCAUGCUAUAGCAGAGAACACAACCGUCAACGACAUCCUUCAACCCAAGCACGUUCCCUCCGUUGUUCGCUCAUUCUUCCCGCUUAACGGCGUUCAGAACCACGAAGGAACGUCGCAGCCGCUGCUCGCAGUGCAAGUCACGGAGUUAGUUGACGGCGUCUUCAUCGGCUGCACGCUCAACCAUGCCGUUGCAGACGGCAAGUCGUUUUGGCAUUUCAUCAAUUCUUGGGCCGAAAUCUCACGUGGCCACAACAAGCCGUCGAAACUUCCUUCACUUGAACGCGCGUUUCUAAACGGCGUUGAGCCUCCUAUACGGUUCCCUUUCACAGAAGACUCAGAACUGGAAAAGCAAAAACCGCCACCACCAGAGAGGUUCUUCCACUUCACAAAGGAGAAGAUAUUGCAGCUCAAAUUAAAAGUCAACGAUGAAGCCGGAACCGACAAAAUUUCUUCGCUGCAAACGGUUUUCGCUCAUCUUUGGCACUCUGUGAUCCGUUGCAGCAGCGGUUGUGACCCGCAACAAGAGCUCUCUUACCGGUUUCCGGUAGGUGCUAGGCCGAGGAUGGUUCCGCCGCUGCCGGAUGACUACUUUGGGAAUGCAGCUAUUGUCGGCGGCGUGACCAUGACUGCUGAGAAGCUUCUAGAAGGUGGCACUGCGAAGUGUGCGUUUGAGAUGAACAAGAUGAUAGCUUCGUACACUGAUGAAAUGUUGAGGAGCCAUUAUGCUUCUUGGGUGAGAGGCCCAACUUUGCUUAAGCUGCGAAAUUUGGCUAACUUCAAGUCCUUGGCCACUGGCAGUUCCCCACGGUUUGAUGUUUACGGUAACGACUUUGGGUGGGGGAAGCCUGUGGCGGUUCGAAGUGGCAGCGCAAACAAGCGUAACGGGAAGAUUAGCGUGUUUGCUGGGGUGGAAGAAGGCAGCAUUGACAUUGAAGUGUGCCUUCCUUUUGAGAUCUUGGAGGCUUUGGAGAAUGAUCCUGAGUUCAUGGAUGCCGUUUCCAUCUAGUAAUGGCUAAUAAGGUAGUCAUGGCAAAUAAGGUUUGGACUUUGGAGAGCGAAAACCUUGGUUUAGUUUCUAAUUCAUGGAUUUUGUUGGGGUUAUGCAUCCGAGUAGUGAUUAUCUAUAAUCUAUAACAAUAUGGAAAAGUAUCUAUAAUCUAUAACAAUACACA